AUUAAACGAUGAAUGAAUUGGAAACAAAGAAGAAAAGACAGGAGGAGAAUUUCCCUCGUCAAUGCGAAACGGUGUGCGAAAUAAUAAUGCAUGAAAAUCGUAAAAAGACCAUAUCGCAUAGAUGCAAAUUGGAAGUAGCGGCAGUCUUAAAAUUAGACGAGUAUAUAAAAAGAUAUGAACGAAAAUUCGGUGAAAUAUCGUCGUUAUCAACUUUAUCUCGGGAACAGUCAAAAUUGUUGAGUCUCGUGCGUAAAUUGAAGGAAGUAAUCGAAAAAGAAGAACUUGAUAAACAGCAAGCAUUUGAAUUGCUUAAAACGUCUAAUGAAGCGAUAAAGAAAACUAUUUCUACGUUUCAAGAGUCAAUGCAAAUGUGUAAAGAAAACAUGAGAACAGAAUUCGCAAAAGUCGAAUGUUUAAGUACGAAUCGACUUUUAAGUAUUAAUUAUACAUGUAUAUAACUCACCUACAAGUAAACAUUUUAGAAGUA